AUGGCAUCUCAGACACCACCACCAGGCAAGAAUUCAAGCAUUGCGUCUGCCACGACAUCGCUCAACAGUGAUCACGAGACCACUCUCGGAUCCAGCACAACAUCUAAGCGAGCCCGCACCUCCACCGACGCGCACUCGCCGAGACCUAGAAAGCGGAUAUGCCUAUCGUCAGCCUCUGAUACAACCAGUCACAGCAACCCCGAGGAAGAACCUGGGAACAACACCCUGACUUUGUUUGCGGAAGAGGAGGAACUAUACGAGAGGUUUCUGGCGGAAGGUCCAACUUUGUCAAACCAUGGUCCACGUACUCGGCGGGCGGUGGAAGACGAGGAAAAGCACUGGAUCAGUUUUUGCGAGAGGCGAAAUCUGGAUCCCGUCAAUCUCCUCCGCCGUUGUGAUUCUGCAUUGUUCAAGGUGUAUCUUGAAACACGACUGAAGAAUUCACGAAUACGGAAAGAGUCCGCGAUCGUGGACUACUGGAAGAGGCUCAGCAUGGUCUAUGCGCAGAAGUCAGCCACAUGGAUGAGUCAAAGCGUGCUUUUCGACAUUAGAAACUGGAUAAGCACCUAUCUCACACCAAGAUACAGACUCGAUACAUCACCGAAAGAAAAGGCUGGAAUCUACAUUGAAGAUAUUGCCGUUCUUCUACAUCAUAUAUGGAUUCGCGACGAACAGCAGUUUGCGCACGAGCGCCUCCGCGUCCAGCUAUCCGCCAACUUGAUACUGGCUGGCGCCACUGCCACUCGCCCCGGGGCGUUGAUUGGAAGACUACUUUACGAAGACCUGGAAUUUCAGGUGUUCCCGCCCGUCACGAGGGGCUCCAGACCGCUCCUUGCUCUCAUUGUUGAUCUAAAGCACAUAAAGCGAGCGUCUGGGAGCUCAGAGCCAAAGCGCUUUGCGUUUCGAGAGGACGACAUGCUCUUGUAUGACCCGUUGAUACCGAUUAUGGCAUUGGCAUUUUGCGACAAUGCGUUUGUCAAUGACUUAACAGGACCACAAGACGUCUACAGCUUUGUGGUACCUCCUGAGCAGGACCGCAUUCGCAUUUUGUGGAAACAGGAGUGGCUGAAACGCCCGGUUUUCCGUGACAUUGAAAAAACAGCCAAUGGCCCGCAAAUUUCUCUCAGCAAACCACUUGGCUACGACUCGGAACGGCAGCGACUAAUACGAUUGGGUCGUCUAAUCGGCAUUGAGAAGCAGUUGGAGUGGUAUGAUAUUCGUCGAGGGUCCGGUAAGAAGCUCAACGAGAAAUAA